GUAGGUAGGUAGGUAGGUAGGUAGGUAGAUGUUUUAUUACUGUAUAGAAUCGAGUUCUCAGAGGCUAAGAUUCGAAGCUUCAGAAGAUCCUGCCAAUCCAACAAAGUUGAUGAGUAAAAGACUGAAUAGACUAUGAUUGCCAUCUCUCUAAAGACCAGUCUAACGAUUUCUUACCAGAGGUUAGUUCCAGGGCAGAUUUUUCAGGUCAGAUCAUCUAAGACACAGAGAAGAAAUUCACAGAAAUGAUGUCAUUAAGCCUUGAAGUAUGGAAAGAAAUGGGUACUGAAGAAAGAGCUUGGGUUCCUGAAUCAGAACUGAUUUUGAAUCCUAGUUUUGCCAAGAUCCCUUCAAGUUCCAAAUUCUGUGACUAUGAUGCUAUCAACCCAUGCUCAAGAAAGCAGUGGACUACAAGACCCAUGCUAGGGCAUCAUUCAUUAAAUAUCCUGAACUCAGGUAAAGCUUUGCCCCGCCCUUUACAAACCUUCAGGAACAGAAUUCAGGGAAUAAGAGCAAACUCACAUCCCAGAGGAACAUUACCAAUCCUUUUAUAAUGGAGGGGGCCAGACAGACAAGAGUAUCUCGUCCGUACAAGAUCAGCGAAUCUUCAAAGGGGAUAGAAUUUGGAGCAUUGGAUGAAAGUUGCGAAGAAACAUGUAGGCUCAAUGGAAGGAGAAGCUUCCUAAGGCCAAUGAGAGCUGGGCAGAAGUGGAACGAACUGUCUCAGGAGGUGUACAGGUGGGUUGACCAUCCCAACCUGGUGCUCCAGAGGCUCAACGAGCAGAGACACCGCGGCCUUUUCUGCGACAUUGUCUUGGUGGCGGACGAGCAGAGGGUCCCCGCGCACCGGAACCUCCUGGCUGUCUGCAGCGACUACUUCAACUCCAUGUUCACCAUCGGCAUGCGGGAGGCCUACCAGAAGGAGGUGGAGCUGGUGGGAGCCUCGUACAUCGGCCUGCGGGCCGUCAUUGACUUUCUCUACGGCAGCGAGCUUUCACUGGACGGCGGUAACAUUGACUACGUCUUGGAGACGGCUCAUCUCCUGCAGAUCUGGAAGGUGGUUGAUUUCUGCUGCGAGUACCUGGAAAACGAGGUGAGCGAGGAGAACUAUCUGUACCUGCAGGAGCUGGCGUCCAUCUACAGCCUGAAACGCCUGGACUCUUACAUCGACUCCUUCAUCCUGCGGAACUUCGGGACGCUGUCCUUCACCCCGGACUUUCUGCAGAACGUCUCCCUGCAGAAACUCUGCCAGUACCUGGGGAGCAGCCUGGUGCAGCGCGAGUGUGAGCACGACCUGCUGCAGGCCGCGCUCCAGUGGCUGACCCAGUACCCCGAGCGCGAGGCGGACGCCUUCCAGGUGCUAGAAAACAUCCAUUUCCCGCUGAUCCCCAAGAGCGACCUCCUGCACCGCGUCAAGCCGGCCGUGUGCUCGCUGCUGCCCAAGGAGGCCAACUGCGAGGGCUUCAUCGAGGAGGCCGUGGCCUACCACAACAACGUGGCCGCCCAGCCGGUGCUGCAGAACAAGCGCACUGCGCUGCGCACCAACGACGAGCGGCUGCUGUUCGUGGGCGGGGAGGUGUCCGAGCGCUGCCUGGAGCUCAGCGACGACACCUGCUUUCUGGAUGCCAAAAACGAGCAGUGGGUCAUGGAGACGCCCCUGCCUGCCAGGAGGAGCCACCACUGCGUGGCUGUCCUGGGAGGCUUCAUCUUCAUAGCCGGAGGCAGCUUCUCCAGGGACAAUGGCGGGGAUGCAGCUUCCAAUCUUCUCUAUAGGUACGAUCCCCGCUGGAACCAGUGGAUAAAGGUGGCCUCCAUGAAUCAGCGCCGAGUGGAUUUCUACCUGGCCUCCAUCUCAGACAUGCUGGUAGCUGUCGGUGGAAGAAAUGAAAACGGAGCACUUUCUUCAGUGGAGGCGUAUAGUCCCAAAAAUGAUUCCUGGUCUUAUGUAGCAGGCUUGCCAAGGUUCACCUAUGGUCACGCCGGUACCAUUUAUAAGGACUUUGUGUAUAUCUCUGGAGGACACGAUUACCAGAUCGGCCCUUAUCGGAAAAACCUCCUCUGCUAUGACCACCGCACGGACGUAUGGGAAGAGAAGAGGCCCAUGAUCACGGCCCGUGGCUGGCACAGCAUGUGUAGCUUGGAGGAGAGCAUCUACUCUAUCGGAGGCAGCGAUGACAACAUCGAGUCCAUGGAGCGCUUUGACAUCCUGAGUGUGGAAUCUUACAGUCCCCAGUGCAACCAGUGGACACGAGUGUCUCCUUUGCUUCAGGCCAACAGUGAGUCCGGCGUGGCCGUGUGGGAAGGAAAGAUCUACAUCCUAGGAGGCUAUAGCUGGGAAAACACCACCUUCUCCAAAACGGUCCAGGUUUAUGACCGUGAAAAGAACAAGUGGUUCAAAGGGACCGACCUCCCAAAAGCCAUUGCUGGAGUAUCUGCCUGUGUUUGCGCCCUGAAGCCCAGACCAGAAGACAAAAAAAAAAAAACUAAAACUAAGAGGCAUCAGGAUCGAGGGCGAUGACUCACCUGGGAUGACCCUGCUCUUUAUCCCAAUCAUCUUCAAGAAUAUUUUCUUUAAUGGCAAACUUUUUUUUUUUCCCGGCACUUUGGGGACAGAAGCACAGAUGCUAAGACAUCGGGAACUCGGGCAGAAUCCUCUGGCACAGUUUAGUGACUCACAAGAGAGAAAAGUGCUAUCACAGUUUUAAGCUAGAAAUGCAUAUUCAGUAACGUUUAGCUACAAUUUAUUACUUUUACGUUUCUGGUUAUUCUACAACAAUAACAAUUUCUAAAAGAUCUCUGUAAUGUAGCUUGUUGUUUUACAGAAUAGGAGCGGUAAGAUCAUAGAUCUGGAAGGUCUAUCUAAUCCCCAUUUUUUACCAAUGAGGAAACGGGCCCAGAGAAAGAGGUCAUGACUCCCCAUUUUCACAUAGCAGCUUAGUGGCCGACCCGACACCACCACUUAGGUCUGCUGUCCUUUGACCAGAAUUUGUUUCUUUCUAGAGGAAUUGCCCUAGAGUGAAACUUUACAGACAACAAAAGCGUUGGGGUACCAUUGUUGUCGGUGAUCCUACCACACUAUGCCUUAUAGGUUUUUAAUGCAGUUAGGAUAGUAUUAAAAAUUUCAAGCGACCAGUAUGUAUUAGCAAUCACAACUUUCUAAAACCAUCACCUCAGACUCUGAAAGUGACAAUAGGUCGUUUUGAAAAGCAAACAAAAAUUCCAAACAGGUGUGAUGAAUAGAUGAAGCCCUUUAUUUAUGUUUUCUGUGCAUCAGUUUCAUCCCUCAGACUCAUUAAAUUUCUUAGGUUUCUAAUGUAUUAAGUUAACAUAACCUAUAUUCUUUUCUCUGAAAACUUUGAUCACAAGCAAUGUUAUUUUUUUCACACAUAAACUGCUCUUGAAGGACAGACCAGAGACUCUGAUAUAAAUUGCUAAUGAUACUCAGCACCUCCUAUAGGGAAGUGUAACUGGGUUGUGUCAGUUACUGGCUCUGACAUCACUGAUCUUCACAACCAUGAAACUAUCAUGGUGGUCCUCUGAGCCUUCAGUUAUUACAUCUUUAAAAUGAGGAGAUUAGGCUAGAUGAUCUCCAAAGACCCCUCUAGCUACAGUAAAUUGAGGAUUUUACAAAUCCACAUAAACUACUAUGAAAUGUUUAGCACAUGCUUUCAUGCUCCAUCCCUGCCUAAGUCAAAAUUCAUUAUGUAGAGGUUAGUGUAAAGUAUCAAAGAAUGUUUAGAUAACUUUUUUAAAUGUCUGGAAUUGCAGCUCGAUGGUGCAGUGCAUAGAGCACCAGCCCUGAAGUCAGAAGGACCUGAGUUCAAACUGACCUCAGACACAUAACACUUCCUAGCUGUGUGACCCUGGGCAAGUCACUUAACCCCAAUUGCCUCAGCAAAAAAGAAAAAAAAAAAAAAUGGCUGAUGUCCUGACGCCAAAGGCCCAAGUAACAGAGAAGAGAGGAUAUUGUAAUCCUUGAAAGAGUUCAUAUUGUCUGGCAUUAGAAAAGUCAUGAUGGAAAAAAAAAAAAGAUAAUUAUUGAUAU